UCACUAUAUAACUAUGAACAACAAUCAAGUGUCUCUGAAUACCUGGCCCCUUCCUGUCUUGCGUCCGACACAACACUGCAUUGCACCCUAGGACCUUAACAGUCCACCAACUACCAAACUUCAAGGAUGAACUGGCAGCUACUUCUGGCUUUGUGCGCAUGCACAGCUGUUACUUAUGUACAAGGAUUACCGAAUCAACAUAAACUCCAGACCCGAAGCCAGAAGUUCUGUGGCAGACACUUGGCAGAGGCGUUAGCCUUAGUGUGCAACAACGUCUACUACACUCCAAACAAGAGGGCUGACAGCGAUUUUACUUCCAAUCGUGUAGACUUAGAACCUUGGUGGACCGCCUUUUCGUAUGUUGAACCAAGACCUGAUGAUGGUUUUCUGGACAGCAGAACAGCUCGGGUAGUGUUUGGAAAACGAGAUGUUUUCUUCCGAAAGAUGAGGGGCGUGGCCGAUGAAUGCUGUAGGAAAGGCUGCUCAAUCUCAGAGUUAACAUCUUACUGUGGCCAGCAUUCGAAAUGAAACUAGAUGGCGUCGUUGGCCCGAAGGGUACAGACUGCCAGCAUUUCAGGGAUGCUUUUCACUUGAUUAAAACCUUCCAUAGUUAUUUUCACUGCAGUAAUUCGGCUUAUGUUUUGUAAAGUCUAUAUAUAUAGUAAAAUGCCAACAACUUAUUAGUUAGAGAAUGUGUUUGAAAAACCUGGGUGAAAUCAAUAUACACUAUUGUUGUUCAUGAUUAUUUAAUAAAAACAUAUUUUGUUUCACAGCUUCAA